AUGGCCCAUCAGCAACACAUGAGCCUUCCAGCCAAACUGAUUAAUGGAGGGGUUGCAGGCAUGGUUGGAGUCACCUGUGUAUUCCCAAUUGACCUGGCCAAGACACGUUUGCAAAACCAACGAAGCGGACAGCAACUAUACAAAAAUAUGAUGGACUGUCUUAUAAAGACAGUAAAAUCUGAGGGUUACUUUGGCAUGUAUAGAGGCGCUGCUGUCAAUCUCACCCUAGUGACUCCAGAGAAGGCCAUUAAACUAGCUGCAAAUGACUUCUUUCGCCACCAGCUAAGCAAAGAGGGUUGUAAGCUGACGGUUUUCAAGGAGAUGUUGGCUGGGUGCUGUGCGGGAAUGUGCCAGGUUGUUGUCACCACACCUAUGGAGAUGCUCAAGAUCCAGCUUCAGGAUGCCGGCAGGCUUGCCGCGCAGCAGAGGGUGAUGCCUAGUGUGGUAACAAGUUUAAAGAUGGGUGGAACCAGUGCUGUCCUCAGUCGUUCUUAUAACGCCAGUGCUGCGCCUCAGGCUAGGACAGUUUCAGCCACACAGAUAACGAAAGACCUGCUGAAGACCAAAGGUGUAACAGGGUUGUACAGAGGACUUGGGGCCACAUUAAUGAGGGACAUUCCCUUCUCAGUUAUCUACUUCCCUCUUUUUGCUCACUUGCACCAGCUUGGACAGCAUUCAACAGAAAACCCAACAGUGCCCUUUUAUUGGUCCUUUGUCUCUGGAUGCACGGCUGGAUCUGUUGCAGCAGUUGCUGUCAGCCCUUGUGACGUGGUCAAAACAAGACUACAAUCCCUGAAAAACGGAACUAACGAGGAAACAUACAAUGGGGUGGUAGAUUGCAUCAGGAAGAUCAUGAGAAAAGAGGGUCCCUCUGCUUUUCUAAAGGGGGCCAGUUGUCGAGCCCUUGUCAUCGCGCCCCUUUUUGGCAUUGCGCAGGUCGUGUAUUUUGUAGGUGUUGGAGAGAUUUUGCUCGGUUACACACCUCAUAGCAUCUAUUCAGCAUAG